GCAUUUUGACAUACGAGAGAUUUUCUAAGCAUACAAUGGAAAUACAAGUUUUAUCUAUUGCAACAAAUUGUUUGCUAAAGCUGCUGCCUUAAUGCAGCGUAGGAGAAAGAAAAAGACGAAAAAAAAAUAUUCUGCGCAAUGGCUUUUAAAAAGAGAACUGGAAGGAUUUAGCCAUAAACUGUUAAAGGAAAUUGAGUGCGAGGAUUCAAUCCUUCACAAAAAUAUCUUAAGAAUGACUCCAGCUCAGUUUGCAUUCUUAUUAGAAAAAGUACGCCCCUAUAUUAGCAAGCAGGAUACAAAAUUCAGGAACUGCAUAGGAGCUGCGGAACGGCUGCAGCUGACAUUGCGAUAUCUAUCCACUGGUGAAACCCAAAGGUCACUUCAAUUGCCGUUCCGAAUUCAGCAGUCAACCAUUUUCAGAAUUUUAAAGGAAUCAGUUCCCGCAAUAUAUUUGGCGUUAAGGAAGGAGUAUUUGAAAUUCCCUGCAAGUGAGCAAGAUUGGCGUGAUAUUGCAAAAGACUUUUAUCAGAUGUGGGGAUUCCCGAACUGCAUCGGCGCUUUAGAUGGAAAGCAUUGCAGAAUACUGCCAGUGAGGAAAGCAGGAUCUACGUAUUUCAAUUACAAAGGAUACCAUUCAUUUGUAUUGAUGGCAAUCGCUGAUGCCCACUAUCGUUUUAUUUAUGCUGAUGUCGGUGUUAAUGGGAGAGUGGGUGAUGCUGGAAUUUGGUUGAACCUGGACCUGAUACACGCUAUUGAAAAAAAUGAAGUACAUAUACCAGCCCCAUGCACGCUCCCUUUCAUGUCAACUCCCUCGCCUUUUGUGCUUUUAGCCGAUGAUGCCUUUGCUCUAAAAGACUACUUAAUGAAACCUUACUCUCAUCUAAGACUAUCACCAAGCGAACUUAAAUACAACAACAUACUUACAGGCGCGUUGUUGAAAAUGCUUUGGCAUUCUUGCGAACCGUUUUCGAGUUUUAUUUUCACCCAUCCAUCGCGCUCCAGCUGCAGCCAUUCAGAUUAG